AUGGCAGUGACUUUCAGAUGCCUCGGAGGCAUAUUGAAUGGCAAUGUUGGAGUCAUGAGAACCAUGAUCAGUGAGAUCAUCAAGGAAAGAAAGUACCAGAGUAGAGCUUUUCUGAUCUUGCCCAUGAUCUUCAACGUCGGUGUUUUGGUUGGACCCAUUCUAGGUGGCGUGCUUGCAGAUCCCUUUGCUAGUUACCCAGCUCUUUUCGGACCCGAUUCAACAUUUGGUGGCAAGGAUGGGGUACAGUGGAUGAAGCGAUAUCCUUAUGCACUCCCCAACCUUACAAGUGCGGUCUUUCUGUGCUUGUCAUCCUUGGCUGUUCUCUUCUUCCUUGAAGAGACGGGCGAGUUAUGCAAACAUAAACCGGACCCAUGUCUGCGCGUUGGCCGAUGGAUACGGCGAUUUGUUUUUCGUCAGAAGGUCACAACUGAGGCUGGGUACAGCGCCGUCCCAGAAGAUGACUUUGAACUUCAGCCCACACCAACGUCGGCACAUGCAGAGGGUUUCGACAAUUUUGACAAGCCGAGCAACAUAGUUCGGCAACAGUUACCGUUCCGUCGCAUAUGGACACGAAACCUCGUCAUGACGUUGUUCGCUCACGGCGUUCUUGCCAUGCAUGUAGGCACCUUCAAUGGCCUUUGGACCAUUCAUCUUUCUACACCUCGCUUCGAUCCCGCUAAUCCAUAUCCUCCAGGCCUAGUGCCUCAUGGUCUGUACUUUACUGGAGGUCUGGCCAUGCCUCCGGCGCGCAUCGGCAUCGCACUUGCUAUCAUUGGCGUCAUCGGUAUAUCGUUGCAGCUUUUGGUGUACCCAAAAGUGGCGCAUCGUCUAGGAACAACAAAGUGUUAUCGCGUUUUCCUUGCUUUCUUUCCAUUGAUGUAUACGAUUGCUCCCUUCCUCAGCUUGGUACCCAGCUGGACAUCACCACCCGAUGGCGUAAGUGGACCUUGGAUUUGGAUAGCCAUUACAUGCGCCUUGUUCAUACAAGUACUCGCUCGCACGUUCGCGUUGCCCUGCACAGCCAUUCUCAUCAACAACGUCAGCCCCCAUCCGUCCGUCCUAGGAACCGUUCAUGGCAUAGGCCAGUCGGUAUCCAGCCUUACGCGGACAAUUGGACCAAUACUCUUCUCUUGGGUAUUCGGUAAAGGACUCGACAUGGGCAUGAUAGGCCUAGCCUGGUGGUGUAUGGCUGCUGUUGCUGUCGCCGGGUGGGUACUCGCGCAAGGUGUUCGAGAAGGAGAUGGGCAUGAGAUACUGCUUGAAGGAGAGAAGAAAGAACCCAACUGA